AUGUCUGAUGCUCAGUACAAGAGCAUGAAAGUUCUCCGGCUCAACACAUGGGUAUUGAUUCCCAUCGGUGUUGGGCUCGUUAUUCUGUGCGCGAUUUUCACUCUCUCGGAGUCCUCUGUAUCACCAUUGUUCGAUCGACGCAAACACGAAAUCUUGGAGCACAAUUGGUCUGUCCUGGGAAAGAACUCGCCACUGGAAGGCCCUUCCCCAGGCUUCAAGAAGCCAGACGGAUUGAAAGUUGUGGGUCUUGUCUUUUAUGGACGAAGGGAGACUGUCUCAAUAUUGGAUUGCUACUUGCAGAGGAACCUCGCGAUCAACGGCGGCUUUCUGGAUGAAGUCGUUUUCAUCACCCGCACUAAUGACCUUGCAGACCUCUUAUGGCUGGAUGCCCGUGUCGCAGGUGUCCCACAAUACCGGCGGCAGACGGUUUCCUUUGAGUACAAGGACUACUCGGGUGCGUAUGACGAAAUUGAGCCGGACGUUCUCUACAUCAAGAUAGACGAUGACAUCGUUUUCAUCGAGGACACCGCCAUUCCGUCCAUCGUCGAGACAAAGCUGGAGCAUCCGGAAUACUUCCUCGUCUCCGCCAACAUGAUCAACCAGUCGCCGCUUUCCUGGGUACACCGCCACCUGGGCGCUCUCAUUCCAUACCUCCCCGAGCUUACCCCACCAUUUCUCUCCCAAAAUAUGAGCCAGUCUCAAUGGCGCGCCUCGCACUUGCCAAACUGGGAGGCUCCGCCGGAGAUGGGGCUGUUCGGAUGGACGCCGGAUGACUUUUUCUCUCCGCCGUUCGAAGGGCACAGAUGGCUUCCACUUGCGCCUGGCACACAAGGAUCUCCUUUGGUGGAUCACACCCCCGUGAAGUCAGUCCAGUACACCAUCACCUCGAUCAACUACGAGGACUUGCGUGGUUGGUGGUGGUGGCCGGCCGGCGCUCAGCUUCACUACAGCUUCCUUUCGCGAAUCGAGGACCGCUCUCUCUGGAGGUACAAGUUCCGUACUUGGGACUUCGAGAACGAAAGGCUUGGUAUCCAGUUCAUUGCAAUUUGGGGAUCGGACAUCAUAGCCAGCAAGCCUAUUCCCGCUGAUGACGAGUUUCAUCUAAGCAUUCAGAUGCCUCUCAUUACAGGCAGACAUGCUGUCGUCGAUGGUCGUGGUUUAGUUGCUCAUUACUCUUACGGCGUGCAGUAUGAUGGGAUGAGCAAGACGGAUAUCCUGAAUCGUUUUGGGGGCGUCAGCCUCGGGACGGGCGGCCUUCAGAUCUCUCUCACGUUUCUCCAUAAUGACAGCGGAAGAUGA